AUGUCACUGUUUCAAGAACCAUUCAAAAUUUUGAGUGAUCAUCAAAGUGUGCGUUUGUUCAACAUUAUUGUUGGUGCUUCGCAAGUUUUUGGCAUUUGUGCAGUUUUUCUCGUUGCAAUAUGGAUGACUGGUUUUCAAGAUGGCUUUACAACUGGCCUUCAAUUUCACUAUCAUCCAACAUUCAUGGUAAUAGGCAUGAUCUUCUUAGCUGGCGAUGGAAUAUUGGUCUAUCGAAUUUUUCGACAUGAGCGAAAGCGUUUCUCCAAAUUGCUUCAUUUAAUAUUACACACAUUGGUACUUAUCUUUGCUGUGGUUGCAUUGAAAGCAGUAUUUGAUUCACAUAAUAAUCAUCGAAAUGAUCAAGAUGAACCGGAUCCGUUACCGAAUUUAUAUUCAUUGCAUUCAUGGAUUGGUCUAACUUUUGUCAUUGCUUUUUUCCUUCAGUACUUCUUCGGUUUCCUAACAUUCUUCUUCCCUGGACUGAGUGUACCGAUGCGUCAAUUUAUACUUCCAUAUCAUCAAGCAUUCGGUCUUAUCAUCUUAUGUUUUCUUGCAAUUACUGCUGUAAUGGGUAUCUCUGAGCAAGCUGCAUGGCAUCAUAAAUGUUGGACAGUUAAUCACGUAUUGUGUAGUCAACAAUUUCUCAGUACGUUACUUGGUAUUUUCAUUCUUAUAUUUGUUUUGUGUAUUUUGCUAAUCAUCUUGAAUCCGCGAUGGCGUCGACAACCACUGCCGGAAGAGGAAACAUUACAUCGUUUGACAAAUAUUGAUUAA